AAAAACCCUACAUAUUGAACUGCGUCUGGUCAAUCGCCAGCUAAAAUCAAUUUCCAAUUCUUUAGAUUUUCAAGCCCCUCUUUUUUGAUUGAUCGGCCCACCUAUUCGUCUUUCUCCCUCAAAAAGGAAGUUAGCAUUUUGCACGGAAUUUCAGUUCAGAUCCGAUCCGACUUGAAGAAUUUCAGGAGCUCGCUCUUUUCAGCUGAUUCUGGGAGAUGAAAUAGAAAGCAUCUGGACCGUUGAUUCGAGUUCCGGCGAUGGACGCGGUUAAAUUCGGCAGCGUCCUUGUUUUCGCUCUCUUGUGUUGCAUUCUUCCGGUGAGAGGUUCGGCGUGGCGGCGAUGGACCGUUGGAUUACCUGGCGUGGGAAAGGGCGAUCCGACGGGUCUGGAUUCGGUUGAGAUAGAUGAAGACACGGCAUUGCGGUUGUGGAUUAAUUGCAGGCCCGAUUUGAUGCGGAUCAAGGAAGCUCCGAAAUAUUCGGACAUUUUCCUUUCAGAGGAAAUGGCCACAGUCUAUACUGAUAUCAAUCCAAAAGCAAGACCAUUGAGGAGAGGCAGCCUACAGGCAUUCAUCAGUGUCCUGCCUCCCCGAAUGAAGCACAAUCUUUUGAAUUGCCUACGUGAGCAAAACAUUCCAUUUCAUGUUUCUGGAGUAGAGGAAGAUGGGAGUAGAAAUUGGUAUUUUGAGUAUCUUGAGUCGCUUUUUGGUUGGCGUCCUGCUUCAAGACGAAAUCUGGCUGAGCGAUCGUUAGCAGUCUCUUCCCCUGCUCCUGCCCCGGCAGUUGAACCUCCCACUUUCAGUCCAGUACCAUCUCCUGACCCAGCACCCGCUCUGGCUCCAAAAGGGCCAUUCCCUGUCGAGGUUCCACCGUCAUUGAAUCCUCUAGAUCCAGGCAAUGCAAGUUUGCCACCUUCAACUGGUGCCAAUCAAUUUAGUCCAGCAUCUGCUCCACCAUCCAUGGAUCACAAACGUACGAGCAAAAAGACUGUUGUCAUCGCCGUUGUUGUAACUGCAGCAGGGACAUUUCUUUUCUCUGCACUGCUCUUUUAUUGCUAUAAUAAAUGCUGUAGAAACAACUCAAACCCAGGAGAUGGACAAAGGGAUGAGAGGCCCCUUCUUGCCCUAAGUUUCAGUGAUUUUUCAAUCGGUUCUUCUCAUAAACCUUAUGGUUUACAAAAUUCAGAUAAUCUACAGAAGUUUGGAACUGUGCCUUUUAAAACUAGUCCAGGCCAAAAUGGUUGGACCUCAUCUUUGGGAGUUAGCCCAAUAUCUCUAGAAUCUGGUAUUUCUAAGUCUUCCUCACUUGAAACUACAUCAGAACCAGUUUCUGUAUUUGCCGGAACUUCAACUUCACAAUCAACUCCAUCUAGCAAUACCACUGCAUCAGUGCCACCUCCACCCAUGAUGCCUCCAGUCAGGGCUACUCCACCUCCUGGGCCACCACCUCCACCACCCAAACCUUCCGGGCCGCCACCUCCACCACCCAAAACUCCUGGGCCGCCACCUCCGCCUAAAACUCCGGGGCCACCACCUCCGCCACCCAUACCUUCUGGUAUCAAGGCUGGUCCUCGACCACCACCGCCACCAAUGGGUGCUUUUCCACCUCCCCGUGUGCCAAAUUCUGCUUCUUCGAGAAUGACUCAACCUUCACCACUUGGGCCAAACUAUCCUAGAACUUCUGGCCAGGAAUCUGGAACAAGUGGGGAAGCCGAAGCUCCAAAAGCUAAGCUGAAACCAUUCUUCUGGGAUAAAGUCCUUGCAAACCCUGACCACUCGAUGGUUUGGCAUCAGAUUAAAUCAGGAUCCUUCCAGUUCAAUGAAGAGAUGAUUGAAACUCUCUUUGGUUAUAGCUCUGCUGAUAAAUCCAAAAACGAGCGGAAGAAAGAAUCAUCAUCGAAUGAUCCACCUAAUCAGUUUGUUCAGAUUCUUGACCCCAAGAAGGCGCAGAAUUUAGCAAUUCUUCUGCGGGCGUUGAAUGUGACAGUAGAAGAAGUCUGUGAUGCACUUCUGGAAGGAAAUGAACUUCCUACAGAAAUCCUCCAAACAUUUUUGAAGAUGGCACCAACGGCAGAAGAAGAAGCAAAACUAAGGCAAUAUAAUGGCGAGCUUUCCCUACUUGGCCCUGCAGAACGGUUCCUAAAGGCGUUGGUGGAUAUUCCUUUUGCUUUUAAACGGAUAGAUGCAUUGCUUUUCAUGGGUUCUCUUCAAGAGGAAGCCUCAGGCAUUAAAGAGUCUUUUGCAACUUUAGAGGCAACUUGCAAGGAACUCAGAAGCAGUCGGCUGUUCCUGAAACUCUUAGAAGCUGUUCUCAAAACUGGCAACCGCAUGAACGAUGGUACAUUCCGUGGGGGUGCACAGGCAUUCAAGCUCGACACACUCCUGAAAUUGGCUGACGUCAAAGGAGCUGAUGGCAAGACCACACUUUUGCACUUUGUCGUUCAAGAGAUAAUCCGUUCUGAAGGCGUACGGGCCUCCCGUGCCGCCAAAGAGAGUGGGAGCAUCUCUGGCAUGAAAUCAGAUAGUGCAGGCAACAAUUCUCCCCAUGAAACGGGUGACCACUACCGUAGCCUUGGCCUUCAAGUGGUUGCAGGUUUAGGUAGUGAGCUUAAGAACGUCAAGAAGGCGGCCGCCUUGGAUGUUGAUGCUUUAGCAGGCACAGUGGCGCAUCUCCGCCACUCACUGGGAAAGACAAAAGAGUUCCUAAAUUCAGUGACGAGAAGCAUCACAGAGGAAAAUGGGUUCCACCAGACUCUUAAAUCUUUCGCAGAGCAUGCAGAGAUUGACAUUACAUGGCUGCUUGAGGAAGAGAAGAGAAUACGAUCUUUGGUGAAUAGCACUACAGUUUAUUUUCAUGGGAAAGCGGGGAAGGAUGAGGGCUUGCGUCUAUUUGUGAUCGUGCGAGAUUUUCUUGGCAUGUUAGAUAAGGCAUGCAAAGAUGUCAAAGAAUCGUCAAUGAAGUCACCCAAAACACCAAGAAACAAGGAAGCCCCGACCAUGCCGCCUGUUCAAGAUUCCCGGCAUCUACUUUUUCCAGCGAUUAGGGAUAGGAGGGUGGAUAGUUCUAGUUCUGAUGAGGAGAGCUAAUCUUCCUAGCUGGUAUUGAGGUGACUCUCAAAAGAUGGAUAGAAAGAAGUUCCCAAAAUUCCAUUCCCACGCAUUAUCUCCAACUCCGUCAUGCAGGCAACAUCAACAUCUUCACCUUCCCUUUCAGAUUCUUUUGUAUAUGCCAAUUAUAGUCAAUGAGAAUCGAUUCUUUUGUACUAUCUGAGCGGGUGAAAGCCAUUUCCAUGUACAUCAUAUCAUCAAAGAUAACCCAGCUCAGAACCAUGAAGAACAGAUAAUGCCUUCCUGAAACUGAUGUCGCCAUCACAUAGGACUGAGGAUAUGGAGAAUCAACAGCUGCUGGAUCCACGUGGGUUGUGGGCCCUGUCGCCCAACUUGUGCAUUAUUAGUAAUGAUUAUGAUUUAUUUUUUUUCAUGCUAUUAAAACAAAAUUGAAAACCAGCUUGAAUGCCUGUGAAGACUUCAUUCUCCAAUCAGUCUAAUUUAUAGAUAAAAACUAUAUGAUA